AUGGCAUCCUCGCAAACCAACCCACUCUCUGAAGCUUCAAAGUCCAGUACAAUCGAUAACCGCCUUCCCCCAACCUGGCUACUCAACAAUUACAUUUCCACUCGUGGCGGGUGCAACUACCUCGCCCAGCUCGCAGCCAUGCUCCCACCCACUGAAAGCACCCUGCGAGACAAGGCUCUCCGUACUCUGUACACACUCACCCGCGAGUUCUGCAACAAGCUGGAGCAAGCAGCAUAUAACCAGAACCUCGCUAUUCCGGCUCUCCCUCCCAUCUCAGAGAACUAUGAGGACGAGGCUGCACUCCCGAGGGAGUUAAUGAUAGAAAUAAUCAAGCCGCAUGCUCACGAUAGUGUCAAUGAGAUUCUUGGCUACAAUACUAGCCUGGCACGUGAUAAGAAGGAUGGUGGGUGUGGAUGGGAAGUGCUGACGGUGGCGCUCUGUGAGAGCAAUAAGCAGUUCGAGGAGUCAUUGAAAGAAAUGGGCGAUGCGGCGGGGACUCGCGACGUCGGUGCGAUAUUGAGGUUCUACGGGCAGCUGGGGUGGGAGAACUCGGCGGAUAGUAUAGCUAGUGCACAGUGUCUGGCCGAGGCAUCGGCGAGGUUGAGGAAAGAGAAAGGGGAGGCGUGGUGGACGGAGGAGGCGGAGCCGGUUAUUGCAAGGAACAAGACGCUGUUGGCGAGUUAUAAAAUAGUUGGCAUUGAGCAGUAUUAUCCUAGGAAACCGGAUCAGGAUGGGCUAUAG